CACGUAUAAGAGUUGGGUUUUCUAACUUACAUUUCUCUCCCUGGAAAUUCUCUCUCACUCUUUUUCCCUCUUUGAUAUUUUUGUGUUAUUGGUCGAUCAUCAUCUCCAUCAACUUUCCUGUUCUCUAUCCCGCCGAAUCCAAAUCUCUCUGAUCUCUAUCCGUCUCUCUUUUACUGGUUCUUUUUUUUUUGUGCAGUGGCUUCCAGUGGACUGUUAGGUGGUUUGGUUUUAGCCCUUUUAGUGUAGCUGUGUGCACAUAUAAAUGCCAGUUGUGACACCUGUGAACAGUAUUACUGAUGUGAUGAGACCAGAGGAGGGGAAUGAUUCUUCUCUGGAUACAUUCAUCAGGGAUGCCAUUGGGAGACAGCCUCUUCUUUCUUUUUGGAGGCCAAAUGAUAAGCCUGUUCAGUGGAUCCAAUUACUCAAUGCUCUCGAUCAGCCAGAUUACCCAGGUUGGCCUUUGCUCACUCCUUUGAAGGUGCAGAUGCAAAAAUGCAGCAAGUGUUCCCGAGAGUUUUGUUCUUCCAUUAACUAUAGAAGACACUUGCGUGUUCACCAUAGGUUGAAAAGACUUGAUAAGGAUUCUGCCAAAAACAGGGACAUGUUAGGAGCAUUUUGGGAUAAGCUUUCUGAGGAUGAGGCAAAGGAAAUAUUAUCAUUCAAGGAUGUGACUUUGGAGGAAGUUCCAGGGUCUUCGAUUAUAAAGUCAUUGACGACAGUUAUUCGGAAACCAGUGAUUUCUUCGCUUACUCAAUCUUGUUGGAGAGCUGGUUCUGCCCUUUUGGAUCUUGUCCAAGGGAGGCCCUCCAGGUGUCCCUUGUCUUCUGGACGGCUAUUCAGUAUUCUUGAUGAUGCAAGUGAAAAAACGUUUUUGUGUGGAACAGCUGUAUUAAUACAAAAAUAUAUUUUUGAUGGCGGGGCUGGGAAGAUUGGGCUUGAAGCAAAGAAUAUAGUUGCUUGCACAAGCUUUGUGGUGGAACAGAAAUUGAUUAAAGCAUGGCUUGCAGACAAGGAUGCAGAAGCUUUGAGGUGCCAAAAGUUGCUCGUGGAGGAGGAGGAAGCCGCCCAAAGAAGGCUGGCUGAACUCUUGGAAAGGAAGAAGCAGAAAAAACUGAGGCACAAAGAACAGAAAGCGAAGGAGCAAAGGCAAGACGAGAAGGUCGAUGUUAAGGAGUGUAUUGAUGACACUCUGGAGGCUGUGCCUCAAGCUGAACAAUCUUGCCCCUUGGCUAUAUCUGAUUCUGAUACGCUUGGUUCAGAGACCCUGCCAGAUGAUGUCCCCUCAUCUCUUGAACCCUCACUACUACCAAGAACAGAUGAAGAUAUUGAUUUGGAAAAUCAGAUAGUGCAUGGUGGUGAACGGUCAAAGUUACAAGGAAAUAGUCAUAGGCAUAUGGUUGUUACUCGAUGGCAUGCUCCUUCAAGAUCACAACGGAAUAGUCUGUCAAAUGUUUUCCAUGCAAGUCAAAAUUCUCAAGCUCCAAAACCUGGCGCCAUGGAGAAGCAUGGAAUUCAAAGGGAUUUUAAGCCUGGGCCCAUGGUCAAUGGCAAUAGAAAGUGGAGCCAAAAACCUAAACCAGAAUAUAAUGGGGAGAGUCUUAAAGCUAGAGUAAAAAAGGAAGUAAUAACUGAACCAGAGCAUGAGAAGAAGGGGGAGGUUCUGAUUGGCUCUAUAUCUGUCACUCUUGGAAAUUGUAGCCAUGAUGAAAGUAACAACUUGGAUGGAGCCCAGGAUGAUUGCCUUGUAGAGCAUGAAAUUUCAAAGAAGAAAAAUGUGCAGGAGAAGCACAACAGACCUGAUUCUGUUCAAUGUGGCAUGAAUCGGCCAACAGUAAAGCUUUGGAGGCCUGUUAGUCGAAAUGGAACAAAAGGUCUAAUACUAGUUGAGAAUGGCAAUAGAAAAUGCCAACCCGAUGGCAUUGAUGGUAAGGUUGAGGAUCAGAUCUUGUUCAAUAACAGCUCUCUAAGAUCAUGUGCCAUGGAUGAUAGCUUUGGUGGGAUGGAGAAUGGUCCUCCACUGGGGGAUCUUAACCGAGGAGGCUUGCAGUUCUCAAGCCAUGAAGCAAAGGCUUUUCUUGCAGAGAGGUGGAAGCGGGCCAUUGCUGCUGAGCAUGUGAAAUUGGCUCUAUCCCCAGACUAUCAAGUUGCUGCAAAUCAUUCAUUGGAUAUUAGAAAGCAAGACGUCAUUGGCAGUGCAGAAAAUCAGUUGGUUGAUGUGAAGGCACAAGAGUCAUCAACUGCUGGAGCUGCUAAAGCCAAGUGUAAAACAAAGCCUGAUAAGGGUGUCAAGUUAAAGUAUAUACCUAAACAUAGAUCCAUCACUUAAUAUAAGAUUGACAAGAGAAAGGGUUUUUUUAUUUUAUUUUACAGAGGUGCAGAGUUUAAUCAUCGCUGUAUUCUUAGCAGAGGUUGCAGUUUUACUGAUGGUUCUGUCAGAAAUUUGAAGACAGGUUUUGCCGGAAAGUCAUUUUUUGCUAUUCCGCCAUUUUUUUCCCCUUCGUCAUAGGAGAAUACUUAGGUAUUUUUGGAGAAAUAGUCCAAAUUUUUGUGUAAUAAAUUUGGUUUUCUUGGCAUUGCAAA